CCUCGACCUCGACCUCGACCUCGACCUCGACCUCGACCUCGACCUCCAUCUCGACCUCGAGCGCGACCAAGCUCCAGCUCCCGCUCCCACUCCCGCUUCAGCUUCAGCUCCAGCUCCAGCUCCAGCUCCCGCUCCAGCUCCAGCUCCCGCUCCCGCUCCAGCUGCGCCAACCACACUCGUCUCGCCCGCCUCGCCUCUUUACGUUACCCACCCUCCUCCCCUCGUCCCGACGCGCCCUCUUCUCGACCACACCCCCCCGUCCAAAUGAUCCGACGCCCCCUAUAACCCCGACACCCACAAAACCCGGCAGCCAUGUGCCCAAGACGCCCGCCGAUGCCAGGGCAGGCCGGGCGGCCCCCGUCGACCCGCUCGCGGCCUUCGACAAGAGCGCGCAGGAGCAGCGCAAGGCCGACUGGGCCAUAAUGAAGGAGAUGUCGCGCUACCUGUGGCCCAGGGACAGCUGGGGCGACAAGAUGCGCGUCAUGCUGUCGGUCGGGCUGCUGGUCGGCGCCAAGGUGCUCAACGUCCAGGUGCCCUUCUACUUCCGCGACAUCAUCGACUCGCUCAACAUCGACUUUGCUACCACGGGCGGCAGCGUCGCCACGGCCGGCGGCGCCAUGAUCCUCGCCUACGGCGCCACCCGCAUCGGAUCCGUGCUCUCCCAGGAGCUGCGCAACGCCGUCUUCUCGUCCGUCGCCCAAAAGGCCAUCCGCCGCGUGGCCAAGAACACGUUCGGCCACCUGCUCGACCUCGACCUCAGCUUCCACCUCUCCAAGCAGACGGGCGGCCUGACGCGCGCCAUCGACCGCGGCACCAAGGGCAUCAGCUUCUUGUUGACCAGCAUGGUCUUCCACAUCGUGCCCACCGCCCUCGAGAUCACCAUGGUCUGCGGCAUCCUGACCUACAACUUCGGCUGGGAGUUCGCCGCCAUCACCGCCGUCACCAUGGCCGCCUACACGGCCUUCACCAUCUGGACCACGGCCUGGCGCACGAGGUUCCGCCGCCAGGCCAACGCCGCCGACAACCGCGCCUCCACCGUCGCCGUCGACUCGCUCAUCAACUACGAGGCCGUCAAGUAUUUCAACAACGAGCGCUACGAGAUCGGCCGCUACGACAAGGCGCUGCAGCAGUACGAGAAGAGCUCCAUCAAGGUGGCCACGUCGCUGGCCUUUCUCAACAGCGGGCAGAACAUGAUCUUCUCGUCGGCCCUGACCCUCAUGAUGUGGCUCGGCGCCAAGGGCAUCAUCGACGGCUCGCUGUCGGUGGGCGACCUGGUGCUCAUCAACCAGCUCGUCUUCCAGCUGUCGGUGCCGCUCAACUUCCUGGGGUCCGUGUAUCGCGAGCUGCGCCAGUCGCUGCUCGACAUGGAGACGCUGUUUAACCUGCAAAAGGUCAAUGUGUCCGUCGCCGAGAAGCCCGGCGCCCAGCCGCUGCGGCUGACCAAGGGCGGCGAGAUCCGCUUCGAGGACGUCACCUUUGGCUACUACGAGGGCCGCCCCAUCCUGCGCAACCUCAGCGUCACCAUCCCGGCCGGCAAGAAGGUGGCCGUGGUCGGGCCCAGCGGCUGCGGCAAGUCGACGCUGCUGCGCCUGCUGUUCCGGUCGUACGACGUGCAGUCGGGGCGCAUCUCCGUCGACGGCCAGGACCUGCGCGACGUGACGCUCGACUCGCUGCGGCGCGCCAUCGGCGUGGUGCCGCAGGACACGCCGCUGUUCAACGAGACGGUCGAGCACAACAUCCGGUACGGCAACCUGGACGCGCCGCGCGCCGCGGUCGUGGCGGCCGCGCGCCGCGCCCACAUCCACGAGAGCAUCGAGAGCUGGCCGCACGGCUACGACACCAAGGUCGGCGAGCGCGGCCUGAUGAUCUCGGGCGGCGAGAAGCAGCGGCUCGCGGUGUCGCGCCUCAUCCUCAAGGACCCGCCGCUGCUCUUCUUCGACGAGGCCACGUCGGCCCUCGACACGCACACGGAGCAGGCCCUCAUGGCCAACAUCAACGAGAUCCUGCGCGACAAGGCCCGCACCAGCGUGUUCGUCGCGCACCGCCUGCGCACCAUCUACGACGCCGACCUGAUUAUCGUCCUGCGCGCGGGCGCCGUCGUCGAGCAGGGCACCCACCGCGAGCUCAUGGACCGCGCCGGCCUCUACGCCGAGCUGUGGACCGCCCAGGAGAUGCUUAUGGACGAGAACGGCGAGGUCGUUGACGCCGCGGCUAGGGAUGGAGCCGAGAAGAGUUGAGAGAGCUGCAGGGCUGCAUGUCUGUGCACGGCACAAGACGGCUUUGCCGGUACUGGGCAUAUUCGCGGGAUAUUUGCUGGGAAAUCAGGCUCGAGCAAGGGAUAUAGAUGCGGGAUUAGAACAGACGCUGCCGAAGUGAGCUCCUGGCCGAUUGCCAUAUCGUGUAAAUCAGAAACGAGAAAUUAAAUUACAUGUCCGGCGUGAAAGGCUGGAUAGUGCAGCGUAACAGGCUGCAAGGCGUCGCUGGGCGCGUGUUGGGUUUGACUGUCUAAUUUGUUUCGGUGGAGCUGCUUGAUUACAACUUUCAAGGCCGGUGGGUGAAUUGCUAGCUAGAUGAGGUAUACAAAUACUUGCUUUCUACCAU